AAAUGUUCAAGACUCUAUCAGCGAACACUAAUCGCCUUUAGAGCAGUCAUAGCCUAGUAUGUGAACAGAUGGUCUUUUGAUUAAAGUUGAUACUGACGCAGAAAACCGAAGCUCAUGAGGACUUUUAUGUGACAUCAGUGCUGAAUUAGCUCGUGUGGAUGAGAGACAGGUUCUCCUCACAAACUACAGGCUUGGCAUAUGAUGAUGAUUAUACUGAACCUAUGGGACUUGGAUGGACAUUAAGUAUAGACAUACUAAAAUAUUCAGGAAGGUGUAACCAUGUUUUGUACGAGAGAACACUGCGUGCAGUUUGUCUACAGAAUGACCGUAAGCAGAAAUCAUAACCAGAAAGCAUUUCUGCUGCUGUGUGUGUGGCUCCUGUGCAUGCAGCCAGUGUCCAGCGGCAACCAAAGCUCUCGAGGACAAACUGGUCGCUUUGAGAUUAAGCCGGGUACUUGUGAAGUGGUGGCAGCUCAUCGUUGCUGUAAUAAGAAUAAAAUCGAGGAGAGAUCACAGACUGUGAAGUGCUCCUGUCUGCCUGGACAGGUUGCCGGGACCACCCAUGCUAAACCAUCAUGUGUGGAUGCAUCUGUCGUUCGGUUGAAGUGGUGGUGUCAGAUGGAGCCCUGUUUAAACAGUGAGGAGUGUAAAGUGUUGCCUGACCUCACCGGCUGGUCCUGCAGCUCUGGGAAUAAAAUCAAAAUUACCAAGGUCACACGUUAGAUGAAAUCUUCAACUCAGACCAUGGACAUGUGAUGACAGCUCAUAAUUUCACAGAAGCAAUUUUUAUAAUGAAAUGCAAACGUCAAGAAAAUUGCUGCUGAAGGCGGAAACAUGCAAAGUGUCGACUAAAAAUGUGAGAGUGCAAAUGUUGAGAAGGGUCGGAUUUAGAAAGAUCAUAAAAUGUCAGGUCUGUCUAUCUGUUUUGAGUACAGGAUGACUUGAGACCUUUUUCACUUCAAGGCCCCCCUUUUACCCACAACAACAUUUAAGGCUCCCCCACUCAGUUAAAAAGGUGCAAUUAUCUCUUGACAGAAAUGCAAUACAAUAUACAUAACUAUAUUAUCAGUGGUGUAUAAAGACCCUACAAAAUGAA